UCAGAGGCUCCAUCAGCGGCUAACAGCUGAACCAGAACUCGUUCAGGAGAAGUGAGCUCUGGACCUGUUGUCAGAAGAUGUCCUCGGGACUGACGCUCGCGCGCUUCUCUCCCCUCCUGCUUGUGGUCCUGCUGGUCCUGUUCAGAGAGCCGCAGCAGGUUCUGGCGGCUCGUCCGCUGCUCGUCUUCCUCAUCGAUGGGUUCCGCUACGACUACAUGGACGACCUGCACGCGCUGCCCGGAUUUAGGGAGCUUGUGGAGUCCGGGGUGAAGGUAGACUACAUGACGCCAGACUUCCCCAGUCUGUCCUACCCGAACUACUACUCUCUGAUGACAGGCCGUCACUGUGACGUCCAUCAGAUGACAGGAAACUACAUGUGGGAUGAAGUCUCCAACAAGGAGUUUCUGAUUGGGACCAAUCAGGACAGCCGGUUACCCCUGUGGUGGAAUGGAUCCGAACCGCUCUGGGUCACCCUGCAGAAGCUGGGAAAGAAGGUUUACAUGUACUACUGGCCCGGCUGUGAGGUGGAGAUUCUGGGCGUCCGUCCAACAUACUGUGUGGAGUAUGUCUACAACCCAUCGGAGAAAAAACUUAGAGAAUCCAUCAGUGAAGCUCUCACUGUCCUGCGGUCAGGCCAAGCCGACAUGGCUGCAGUGUACUAUGAGAAAAUUGAUGUGGAGGGUCAUCAUUUCGGUCCAGACUCUCAUCAGGUCCGAACAGCUGUCCAACAGCUGGAUUCCGCCAUGCAGAUGCUGACCAGCAAAAUGAAAGACCUAAACAUGAUGAAGCAGCUGAAUGUGCUGCUGUUUUCAGACCAUGGUAUGACCAGAAUCCACUGGAUGGAGAAGGUCAUAGAGCUAGACAAACAUAUUAACAUGUCAGACAUCCAGAAGAUGAUGGACAGAGGACCGGUGGUCAGUCUGUGGCCCAAAAACAACAAGUACCAGCAGGUGUACUCGGCGCUGUCCCAGGUUCCUAACAUGCAGGUCUAUGGCAGACAGGACAUUCCUGAACGCUUCCACUAUAAAAGAGGGAAGUUUGUUUCCCCGCUGACUCUAGUAGCUGAACCGGGCUGGUUCAUCGCCGAGAGCAAGUCCAGGCUCCCAUACUGGAAAAACGACUCUGAAGAACCCCAGGCAUGGCAGAACGGCUGGCAUGGUUAUGACAAUGAGUUCAUUGACAUGAGAGGAUUUUUCUUGGCAACAGGACCUGACUUCAAGAAAAAUGUUCGGGCUGCUCCAAUUCGAGCUGUGGACAUCUAUAACCUGAUGUGCUGGACACUAGAAGUGGAUCCGUUGCCCAAUAACGGGUCCUGGUCGCAGAUAGAGUACCUUCUGAGUGGUUCUCAUGAUCCAAUCCCUCCAGUGACCUGCUGGACCUGCUGCAUUGGUGCCUUAUUAGGAAUACUGUUGACUGUAUGGGAUUAAAACACUUAGCUAUUUGUGAAACAGCUGAUACAAACAAUCCUCUGAGCUUUCACAUCUCUACCAGCUCAUUGCUCCAGUGUUUGUGUUUUGAUGUAAAUAAAAUCUAAACUAAUGUCCACCUUUUUCUUACCAGUGAUUAAUUGAUUUGUUAAUGCUUUCAACAUUUUAAAAGAAAAAGGGGAACUUUGCAACCAUAGCUGAUAUAGUUAACAUGUAAUGAUGCUCUUUAAUUAUAUAUUGUAAGGGUUUUUUUUAAUGUAAAAUGUGACUUUAGUGUGGGAGCUCACUGCAUUUUGAAUAAUAUGUGUAUCAAUAGGAAGAUGUAUGAUUAGAUAUAAAUAUUGGAACUGAUAUUUGGUCCAAUAAAUGAUCCCAGACUGUA